AUGCCGACUCAGGACCACGAAGCUCAGUUGCGUGCAAUCCUCGAUUUGCGAGAACUUCUUGCCCAGAAGGAGCGCUUUUCAGCUGGAGCUGGUAAGCACACAGCCCUUUGUGCUUUGUGCUCUGUUUCCGUUCCUGAGGAGUUGGAAGUUCGACAGUUGUCUGUGCUGCUGGCAACCAGCCGAAGAAAACGGUCGACACUGGAGCACGGCAUUCACAUUAUCCAGACCGGCGCUUCAGAUCUCGUGGUUUGCCUGCGGGUGUUGGGCGCCUGGCGGCGCCUCAGCCUGGAAGGCCGCCUCACCGGCGCGCUGCGGCGUGUCGAGGCAGAUGCCGAGCAACGAGAGGCGAACUUGGAGCGCGAGCUGAUGCUGCAACUCGAGGAGGCGACGGCCACGAUUCGUCGCCUUGAGGGGGAGCUCCGGUCCUCGGAGCGACGACAUCGCGUCCUUUCCGAGGAGAUCGCUUCCCUGCAGCGCCUGCUUGACGAAGCCGAGCUGCAGCAGCGGAAGGCGCGGCAGCAACGCGCUGCCCGCUCGGAGCGCCUUGCCGCGGGUCGGAGUGAGCUGGAAGCGAAGGCUGUUGCCUGGGCGCUGUGGCUCCGAGCGUUAGCGAUGCUGCGGUGCGAAAGGCAUGAACUCCAGGUGAUGGAGCAUGAGCUGGCCCUGAAGGACGCGGCCGAACGGCAUCGCCUUGAGGUUCAGGAGUGGGAGCGCAGGCUCCAGGAGCGGCUUGCAGAGAUCGAGGCGUUGGGGCAGCAGCGCGAUCAAGAGCUCCGCGGAUCCCAGGAUGUCUUUGACCUUGAGCUUGCCCGGGUCCAUCAAGCUCAUGCGGAUGACAGAAAGAUGCGCGAGGAAGAACAUCGGUUGCAAGCCGAGAGGCACCAUCUGGCCCUGGAGGAGCUCCAGCGACAGCAAUUUGAGGCAAAGCAGAAGCUCCUGAUGUCCUCGUUGGCAGCAUUGAACGGACAGCGCGCAGAGGGGCUGCGGAGGGACUACUUCCUGGCUUGGGCACAGUACCUCGUGCACGUCAGGAGGAUUCGCAGCGAAGAGUGGAAGGAGCAGGAGCUGCAGCGGCUCCAAGCGCAACAGGAUGCCCUGCACGGGAAGCUCCAGGAGCGGGAAGCUGCGUUCGCCAGGCACAGGACGAGCCGGGGCGACCAGGUCGCCACGACAAAGCAGAAGCUCUGGAUCAGUCAGGUCCUGGGCGCCUGGCUGCUCGUGGCAGUGGCCAUGCGCCUGGCGCGUGCCAGAGAGCUGGAGGCCAGCGAGGCCGACCGGCUCCGGGCGGAGCUACAGCGUCUGAGUCUCGAGAGCGGCAGGGCGCUGAGGAGUCAAGCCGGCGAAACGCUUGAGCUGCGGCGGCGACAGGCAAGUCAAGGGGACAGGAUCCAUGAUGCUGCGUAUGCUCCGUGUUCCGAAGUUGAAGUGGCCUUGUAG